CUGAAACAUCCUUCGCAAAAUAUAUAAAUAGUCGUUAGAAGUAGUUAGAAAAACAAAGGUUUCUCGCUUAUUUACGAAAUUACUUAUGACAAAUGAUACAAUAAUUAAAAUGUGAUUUUAACAAUAAAGAUUUGCUACAGUACCAAAUAAAAAUGCGUCCAAAAUUUUCGAAUAAGUUAAAAAAGAAAACGAAGAUUAUUGCCAUUAUACCUAACUAAGUACAAGUGUUUAUUUACACACCGACCUCGACGAUCAGUCGGGUUUCGUUACUUAGUGGUCCACGAUAAGGUCAGCAAAGCUGAGAACAGAAACAAUAUUGAUAAAGACUGCUACUAUGUGGGGUUGUGAUGCGUCGUAGUGCCGCGUAGGUUAGGGUGUAGCCAGACUGGCGAUGUCGGAGCGCGUGCCGAGCGGAGCGGGCGCCGGCUGCGGGCGCGCGCUGCGCUGGGGCUAGAGGCAUGUGAGUGGCGGUGGGCGGCGCGGGCAAUGGGCGUGUGAGGAGCGCGAUGGCGGCGGUGGCCGGCCUGUACGGGCUGGGCGACGAGCAACGCGCGCGGCACCGGCGCGGCCAGCAGGCGCAGGCGGAGCGCUCCGAGUCACGCGACGACAACACUGAGGCGUCCCUGCCAAAGUUGUGCAAUCAAGAAGAAGAAGCCAACCGGCAACCUCAAGGUGGCGUCGUCACCUUCGAGCCCAUACUCCAUGAUCACGACUUUUGCGAGCGAGUCGUCAUCAACGUAAGCGGACUGAAGUUCGAGACACAACUCCGAACCCUUAAUCAGUUCCCAGAAACGUUGCUUGGUGACCCAGCUCGCAGAAUCCGUUACUUCGACCCCCUCAGGAAUGAAUAUUUCUUUGACCGCAACCGGCCAUCCUUUGAUGCCAUCCUGUACUACUAUCAAAGUGGUGGGCGGUUGCGCAGGCCCGUUAACGUGCCCCUGGACGUAUUCAGCGAGGAAAUCAAGUUCUACGAACUCGGAGAACAGGCCACCAACAAGUUCCGCGAGGAUGAGGGCUUCAUCAAGGAGGAGGAGAAGCCCCUGCCCGCUAACGAGCGCCAGCGCAAAAUCUGGCUCCUGUUCGAAUACCCGGAGAGCUCCCAGGCCGCGCGCGUCGUUGCCAUUAUCUCCGUGUUCGUGAUCUUGCUGUCCAUCGUCAUCUUCUGCUUGGAGACCCUGCCGGAGUUCAAACACUACAAAGUGUUCAACACCACCACCAACGGCACCAAGAUCGAAGAAGACGAGGUCCCAGACAUCACGGACCCAUUCUUCCUGAUAGAAACCUUGUGCAUCAUAUGGUUCACUUUCGAGUUGAUAGUCAGAUUCCUGGCGUGCCCGAACAAGUUCAACUUCUUCAGAGAUGUAAUGAAUAUCAUCGACAUUAUAGCCAUCAUCCCAUACUUCAUCACCCUGGCUACUGUCGUCGCUGAAGAAGAGGAUACCCUGAACUUGCCGAGGGCGCCGGUGUCUCCGCAAGACAAGUCCACCAACCAGGCCAUGAGCCUGGCCAUCUUGCGGGUCAUUCGACUCGUCCGUGUGUUCCGUAUCUUCAAGCUGUCCCGCCACUCGAAGGGCCUGCAGAUAUUAGGAAGAACGUUGAAAGCAUCCAUGCGUGAACUUGGAUUGCUUAUAUUCUUCCUAUUCAUCGGUGUGGUCCUGUUCUCGUCUGCGGUGUACUUCGCGGAAGCCGGAAGUGAAAACUCCUUCUUCAAAUCAAUCCCCGACGCAUUUUGGUGGGCGGUCGUGACAAUGACGACCGUAGGCUACGGCGAUAUGACGCCUGUGGGAGUGUGGGGCAAGAUCGUUGGGUCGCUGUGUGCGAUUGCUGGUGUGCUCACCAUUGCGCUGCCUGUGCCCGUCAUCGUGUCCAACUUCAACUACUUCUACCAUCGCGAGACCGACCAGGAGGAGAUGCAGAGCCAGAACUUCAACCACGUCACCAGCUGCCCCUACCUGCCGGGCACCAUGGGAGAACCCUACCUCAUUACAGGUCCGAUCGCGAAGAAGAAGUCGUCGAUCAGCGACUCGUCUUCAGACAUCAUGGAGCUGGAUGAGACGGCGGUGAUGGCGGACCCUCACGCUGACGCCAGCAUGCGUCGGCUACCUGAGGAGGAGAGGCUCCUCAGCCGGGCCCAGCAUGACCCGGACAAGGACGAAUAUAACGCCCUGGACCUACAGGAGCCACGGCUCAACCAUACGCAGCGGCGGGCGCUGGCGGCGCAGCUGCAGCGGGCGGGCGGGCGGCGCGAGGGCGAGGCGCUGCCGCUGGAGCUGCAGCAGGGCGGCGCCCGCGACGACGCGGACGGCCCACGCCGCCGGACGGCCUUCACUGUGCGGGUCAACAACCUGCACGCCGCGGAGGCGGUGGAGACGGAUGUCUGACUGUUAGGUAGUGAGUCUUACGAAUGCGAAAAUUGCACGGAAUGAAAUGGCGCUAUGUAAAUCUGAAAGAACCCGAACGAAGAAUUGAAUUUUGAGUUGGCGAGCCCGCUGGCGGCGUCCGGCGGCAGCGUCGGCGGCGGCGGCGACGGCGGCGGGGGCGGCGCGGUGUGGCGCGGCCGGCUGCCUGCCCGCUCGCCGCCCCCCUGCCACGUGUGACCGCCACCCCGCCAGCGCCCCGCGCUCGCCCUCGCCGCCCCCUCCCGCACCCUCUCCGCUGCUAACUCUUACGCACCCUCGGGGGCUCUAGGACUCCAAACUUUACAUCUCUUUAUAAGUGCUUCAUUCUCCUCAAACGACAGUGAAAAUUAGAAACUGACUUUAUUAACAAUGUAUUAAAAUUUUAAUUCCAUUUUACUGCAAACUUGAGAGCUACGUCUAAGCUGUCUCGAAUUGUAAAUAGAAAAAAGAAGCUUCAAUUGCUUCCCACUACUUAAAAACCCUAAAGCUAAAACACGCUAGUUUAUAAUCUAUUAAUAGUCGGAUAGGCCUAUAAGAUUUUUUCAUGUGAACAGCUAAUCAAAUUUAUAGAUACCAUGGUCAUUAAAGCCAAAUUUGCACCUACUUACAUUUUCAAAAAGUUUUCUGUAAUAUUUCUCAUCAGAGAGCGGUAUUGGAGCACAGUUGGAAUACAGGCUUUUGUUUAAGCCCUCCGAUUGAUAUUAAAAAUUUAGAUACACAUACUUAAAAUAAAACUAACAUUCUCAUUCAACGCCAAGUGCUUCACUUAAACACACGGAAGCCACACGGUCACAAAGUGUCUACAUCUGUAAAGCUGCUAAAUAAAGCUCUAUGACUCUAUUCAGACCUAGGCAAUACCGCUGUCGUCGGCAACUAUAUCACUUAGGUCUGAAUAAGUCUUAAUAUCAGCUACUAGGGGGAUCACUCUCUAAAUCGAGGAAAAAACGAACGAGAACUUUCACUUAAUCGGAACGAGUAUUAUGUACAAGGAGAUAAAGUCGUGGUUAGAGCUGCAGUUUUGCUUCCCGAAGUUUCGGAGCGCGGCGCUGACUAUGGCUCUAUGUCGUUGUAUUAAGCGAUUGCGUGACAAUUCUUGUCCGACUAUUCGUCAAUUUAGAGACUGACCCCCUGAGCAUUUAAACAAAAAUUACCUAAGCAGCUUGUUGCAUAUCAAAUCAAUGUAAAGUUUAAAAAGACUUCGUCUAAUUUCAACAGAUGCGUAUUUAGAGAUCGGGAUAACUUGACAAAUUUAUUUUGACCAAAACAAUCCGUUGGCGUUGGCUGUUCCCAUGAUUCAGUCGCAGGCUUUACGAACGAAACAGACAAGCAGGUGAUCAUCCUCAUGUAUGAGAUACAAAAACAGCACAAGUCUAGUUCUUCAUAAAGGCCUAUCAUUUGGAUCACAAAACGGGCCCAAGUUAGCAACCAUUUUGCGCUGCAUUGAAAUAAACAUUAAGUAUUGAAUAAUUAUAUAUUAUUUAAUUGCGCUAUAGUAACUACCUCCAUAUGGGAGAAAAUUCUUCAAGGGUUGGUUAAAGAUUGAAUAUUCUGAAUGUGAAGAAAGGAACGGUAUGGUUUUGCGGUGGAAUAACGCCAGAUAAUGAGAAAUGCUUGUCGGAUCUCCAUCUCUGAAACGUCAAAAGUUAUUGAACUUUGUAGGUUGUAAUUAAAAUUGUGGACGCAACAGUCUCUGUUUCCUAGAAUUCUUUCAUAUCAAUACUGACAUAGUAUAUUAAAUAGUUUUAAGAAAUGUAAUCCUAAUCCCCAUUUGCAUUGAUAUAUAUUUAUGUAAACCAAUAUAAGAAUAUUAUCUAAUGUGCACUUUAUUGAAAAGUAUCUGCUGGAUAGAAAACUAAAGGUUAACAAUUUGUAAAUUUAUGAUCAAAACGCAAUAGUUUGGUUAUCAAAUAACGAUCAUAAUUUAUCUGUCUACCUUUUUGCAUUUAACAACACAUGGUUAAUUAUUAACCUUCCAAUUAUGCAUUUGAGGAUUAGGCCUGUAGAAAAUAUAAAGGCUUAGUUAUAUAAUUUGUAGAUAUUUAAUUCAAAUUAUAUAUAAAUGUUGUUUCUUUGAUGUUAGACAAAUAAUAUAAUUGGUGUUAACUCUUAUUUAAAAUAAAUAAAUGGUGAACAUUUAAUUCGUUCGUGUUUAGCACUACGGUGUGACUUCGUGACAAAUUGUGUACUUACAUUAGUACAUUGUAAUUUAGUGACUAUGGUUGCAUAACCACUUUGACAUAUCCAUGUUAGCGAAUUUGUUAUAUGUGUUUUCAUAAAUGUUAUUAAAAUGGCUGUAAUUUAAUAUAAAACAAAAAAAAUAACAAAAAAAAAACCUUAUGAUAUUUAUGUAUACGUUCUUACAUGUAUGUAUAAAUAUACUUUAAAUUUGAUCAUAUCACCUAAGUAGUUAACUGUCGUGAUGUUUCAUCUGACGGAAGUACCUACCGAAGUUGGUCAGUAUUAUUCAGGGCCUUGAGGUAUUAGCGGAAUAUUACGUAAAUAUUCUAGCUACCCCCCUGUGGCGAUGGUUUCCCUAUGCGUUGAUAGACACAUAGCACUAUAUCCAUACACAAAAAAAUAAUAGCUUAACACUCGGAUAUCUCCUGUAUAAGCUUAUUUCAAAACAUUUAAAUAUUUGAACCUAUAGCAGACAGUUAAUUAUUGCUAAAUUAAAUUCAGACUUCUCUAGAAGUCUUCAAAACUAUUGUAUAUAAUUAUACCUUUGUGAGCUCAGAAGGUACUUUCGCGAAAUGCAACAUCCGUAUUUCAUAUCAUGUGUUAGAUGAGAUAUUUAUAUAGAUGUAGAAUAUUAAUGUCAUUAGAUUAUAAAUAAGACAAACAUAACUAUAUUCAUUCCAAUCGCUGUUCAGAAAAAAAUAAAAAACUACAAAAAUAUAUAUGUAAUAAACUAGUAAAUGUUAGCAAUACACGUAAAAAAACAACAAAAAAAAACAGAAAAAAACCUUUUAAGUCAAAUUAAACCAUUAUUUUCGGUUGUAAUAUAUGCUGUGAAAAUUUAAAUAAAUAAAACAUAAUUAAGUAAACAGAGACUGUUGCUUCGAUUUAAUAUUUAUGUGUUAUAUAUGUUUUAAUUGAAUGGAUGUACCUCUUCAAAUUGGCAUGGUGUUAGUUGUCGACAGCGGGUCCACUCUGUAAGAUGUAGGCAGUUCUUGGUUACUACUGUAAGAUGAUUAUAUAUUAUAAAUACACUCACUUCGCUGAUGCUGCGGACGCACUUUAAUAUUAAGUUAAUAUAGGGCUAUCAACUUGUUAUUUUAAAUUUUUUACCCAAAAAUUAAGGCUGCUUUUUUGCCAAACUUAUACAAAAUGGAAAGCUUUUUUACUUAAGAAUUUUCAUUCAAUAUACUUACCUAAAUCUAUAGAAUAUAAAUCAAAAUUAAAUCCGAAAUGUGAAAUCGAAUAGGAGCAUCAUUUUACUCAAAUACCCCUAUAUUAACUAAUAAGCGUUUUGAUCGGUCUGGUAUUAUAAAUAAACAUUAGAAUAUAUUAUAUAAUUAUGAAGUAUAUCAUUUUUAAAUACAUAUAUGUAUAUUGGGACCCGCUGCUCUAAUUUCUAUUAUUUACCUAUUGUUGUAAGAGUAUCUAUUACUCUGUUAUGUUGUAAUAAGUUUAAAACAUGCCAAACAGUGUAGAAAGAUAUAUAAAUCGGUGUUUCAUUGAUGUUAAACGUAUAAAGUUAAUCAAUCUUAUAUGUAUAACCGCAACCGUAUUGUAACUGUAUGUUCACUCGUGAUCCUCCGCUUGUCAACUCGAGGUAUAGCCGCAUCCACUCUUAACUAAACAUAGUACUCACAAUUAGUGCCAAUUUCUUCAGACUCGGUUAUCUAACCGACAGGGAUUGAUUUAUAAAUUAAACGCCAUAUCCAUAUAAAAUUCAUGACAGAUGUGUCAAACGUCAACCACUACUCCCUCGUUAUGCUCUGACCGACAAUGGAGAAAUUGGCACUUACUAUUUCUAAAUCCUGACAACUGGUUUAAAGGCACAAAAUAUGGUAAUUGCCAGAAAUUACAAAAGAAAUAGGCUCCGAACUCGACACUUUCCUGAAUCGUCUCAUCUUUCCGGGAUUCAUCACGAAUUAAUAGUCAUCAGAUAUUGUACCGUACACUGUAUAGUCUCAAAGUGAUUUAUUAAGUAUUCCUAUUAAUUCCCUAAAACAGCAUUAAAUUUGCUCGAGUUUGAAAGAAAUCUUCAAAAAAUUAUUAAACAGUUUUUAUCAUGAAUGCGUCAUUGGUACCUUAUGUUUAUGUUACUCAAGAAAUUAAACAUUCAAUAAAAUUUAAUACAUUAAUUUAUAAUCAUCAGGAGAAUGUCGACUUUGGAGCAACUUGGUUGCACUAUGUUUAGAUAAGACUGGUCCCCAUAAAUAAAUGUUAGAUUCUACAUUGACUGUUACCUACACAUAACUCUUGCCCCUCCUAAUUUCCAUUGUCUAGAUCGCUGUUAUCACAACUUAGUAUUUAAGCUUACUUUAAAACUAUAUCAUUGUAGGUAGAUGAAACACUAAAACAUUAUUAAGAAGUCGAAUUUUCAACUGAUUCGGUGUAGCUAGGAAUGAAGUUGACAAAAUUUUGAAUGAACUGCAAAGUCUGAAAUUUCAACUGUCCGACUAUGUUUAACAAUCCCUUGGGAUUCGUCGGUAAAUGUGGAUUGGAUCUGUAAACUGUCUAUAAACCUCUUGCAAUAUGUUUUAGAUUUCAUUUGCUAUCAUCGAUAAAUGACCACUCCGGUCUGUGUAAAUGUAGUUAUCGAGGUUUAAUAAGUUUGUUUUAUGUAUUGUUAAUUUGCUCGUUACUUAUAGUUUACGCAUAUUUGAUAUCAACACGAAAUGUCGACUUUAGUCCAAAUCAAUUCCUAAUAUUGUGCUAAGAACUCUUUCCGCCCCAAUUGAGAGUUAGACUUUUACAGCGCUUUAUACCGCAAAUAUAACUCUUAACGUAAAACACUAUUAAGUAUUAAAAUUAAGUUUCGUCAAAUUAAAGUAUUUCAGUUUAUAUAAUUGCUAAUAGCUUGUAAUUAACAAAUAUGUGGCCAUCAAGAAGUUUUUCGGCAUUAGAGAGAAAAGUAACAAAACUCCAUGGUUGAUUAGAAAAAAUACUCUUCCAAAAUCAAACCCAAUAUUCCGUUGAUUCUAUUAAUUAUAACUUGAAAGCCAAGUUCUUAAAUCAGUGCGAUAUGCUGACGCUACAUGUGACCAUUUGAAUGUUCCACCUAUUUAUUAAAUAUAGUUGUUCAGCGUGACGAGGAAUGGUCAGGGAUUCUCUGACGCAUCAUGUCAGAUCAUGAAGAUAUGGUCAGAGAACUAAGGCAACCUGGAAAGCUGUUAAAGUCGGCACGCUGAAAUACCUCCUCUGCCGAAGAAACAGUAGUCUCUAGUUCACAUCCGAUAACGGGGACAAUACUUUUAUCAGUUUCGGUUUGAUAAACUUUAUUAUGUAGUUCCGGUUUCAAAUUUAUGUAGCACCGAAACUUUUAAUACAUGCUGUUUUAUCAAGUAUCAUUGAUAAAGAUGGCAUUUUUUUUCCAAACUGAAGUUGGUUGUUCUUUUUUCGAAAUAAAAAUAUAUUUACCGCUAUUUAAAGUAUUAGGGUUGAUAUUGGAUGGCAGUUGCUAAUCACAUGCUUAAGAAAUUUCCCACGUUGUUUUUUUAAUCAUUCACUUGCCCCUCUCCGUCCAGGUGUAAGCGUGUUCAUAUUAAUAAACUAUAGUCAGGCAAAUUGUUUAAGAAACAGCUAUUUUUUACAAAAUUCACAAUACUUCGUAGGAAAUAUUAUCAUUAUUAUAUUUAUAAACUGAUAAGCAUAGAGGCUGAAGCUGAAUACAAAAGCGAGUUUAUUAACUCUCGAUUAUUUGGCAGUAGGUAGGUACACCACUUUUUUUGCACUGGGCUCAUUAGCAUUGUCUUUAUUAUAUGCAUUUUAUAAGCCUCUUUCAUCCCUAGCCACUAAACUGGGCAAUUAAAUAUAUAUUUACAUACUAUGAAUUAUAUUUCAUAUAUGUAAACUACUGAUCGCAGUAUAAAUAUAAAUUACUUAUACCAUAUGAUUUUCCUAAUACUAUUAACGUAAGAUUUUAUAUUACUAAGAGCUUUUUUCUUAUUGUAAGGCAACCAAAAAGAGAUCUUAUGAAAAAGUCCGUACGGUAAUAUCUAAUUAAUACCUAUCUAUACUUAUAGACGCAUAAGUAAAUAGGAGUUUUUAAUGGUCAAAUAACGUGCCAUUUAUUAGUAGUUAAAUUAGUAAACAAUAUAUUUAAUAUUAAAUUGGCUAAAAUUUAAAAAUUAAGAUUUUUUUCUUAUUUGCCAUCAUUCACGUUAGGAGCAGACUUCAGCAAAUGUUAACAUUGAUUUAUUUUAUGCUUUUUAUUUGACAUUUUAAUUUAAUUCUAACCUCUAACCGCGGAACAAUCGUACUCAUUAAAGAUUAUUUUUGGGAAGUCCCUCCUCUUUAUAAGACUGAUUUUAUUAAUUUAAUAAUUAUGUUAAUACAACCUCGAUAGCUAUACCAAUAUACUUGUAACAACAUACAUUACAUACAAUUAUGUAUUUUACCAUAAUAUUUGGUUGAUCAAUAGAGUACCUGUCCAAUUUAAAUGCAUUUAAUAUUUUAUAUAGCUAAGUCCAUCCAUAUCCAUAGCAAUGUCUAACCAACAAUGAAUUAACAAAUAUUUUCAUGAAAUACAUCCUGCCUUGUGUAAGGAAUGGUCGAACAACCGAGUUUAAUCAGCAUCUUCAUAACGACGCUAUUAUAUUGUAGUGAUACAGUGAUGCUACAGAGCCCAUAUGUUUAGCCCAACUUUACCAGCAAACCAAAUAUUUUCAAACGAGUUAUCCGCUAAUUCGCAAUUUAAAAUAUAUUUCGUAAAUCUAGUAAAAGGUACGCUAUUGAUUUCCUAACUUUCCAUUUCGCAUUACAAAAGAAGUUGUACGAAAAGCUUAGGCAAGCAUGCAUCAACGAACUUUACUUUCUAAUUAAACAUUAAGAUGGUAUUGUUUUAUCGCAUAAAUACUUAUAUAAAAAUGGCUGGAUUGGUGCAACACCUCACAGCAGUCUCAAAGACAAUUCAUUAUGGGAUGAGACACCCUGAUAUGUAUGUAUGUAUUUAUGAGUACUUUCAUAUGACUAGGCGACUCCUAGUACUAGCUAUGUAUUAUGUAUUAAGAAACAAAUCAUUUAAAACAUACACUUGAGUCUAAAUAGCCGAAAUCUCUGCAACUGACUCUACUUUUCUAAGAAAUUUGUUAGUGCUAUGCUAACAUUACGUAUCUACCAUAAUUCUAAAACGGUUGUAAGUUACUUUGUAAAUGCAUUACUGGCACAUUAUAUACGUACAAUAGAAACCUAUAUACCUACCGUUAUUUGUGUGUGAAUAAUUCAAUAAAAAUGAAGAACAAUAAGAAAAGACAAAAAUAUUUACGACAUAUCAAUCAAUACCUACUAGGUUUGGACAUACCUAGCUAAAAUAUUAUAAUAUUUCGGUUAGUUAAUUAUGUAGAUGUUGUUCAUCAAAAACACCUAAGUAAAUUAAACAAUUAUUUUGUAAAAAUUUACGCCUAAAAGCAGUAACUCUAUUAUUAUAAUAAUUAUGCAUCUCAUUUUACUCCUAAUUAUUUCCAAAUUAAUUUAUUUAAUGAAAUGAACUGAAUAUGAGAGGUACCUAUGAUAUUUAAAUAUUUUAAAAUUAUUUAUUAUCAGAACAUUCACUACGUCCCAUCCCAGUUACACCCUGAAAAAAAUGUUUACAACCGUUUUAGAAACUUUGGUGAAAUUCUAGAGCUUUAUGAUUCAUAAAACUACAUAAUAAUAUAAGAAAGGUCGGCUCAACGAUUUAUUUUGUAUUAGGCCAUCAAUGUUUACUUUGGGCUAAGUACUUCUCUUUAAAAGUGUUGAUGGAAUCUGGUGAACUCAUGAAUUAUUUGAACCUUGGCUAAGACGGACUUCCCUUGACUUGGAUCGUUGCAGUGUGGCUGUGGAGGUGGGAGGAGCUGGCCUCUCAGAACUGAGGCCAGUGACUCCGACAUGUUACAAAAUAAUGUACUUUUAAAUCAGACUUAAACCAUUGCUACGAUUGCCCUGAAAAACGUUACUAGCGUUAAAAAUAGAUAAACAGUCAUAAGCAUAUAUCAAAUGGUUUACAACGGUAUAAGUAUGCAUUUGGGUAGUUCGUUGCGAUUUAGAAAUACAAUAAGACCAACACAAUAACUGAAGGCGCUAAUAAGGCGUUAAAUCGCAUUCAAACAAAUGCUUUUAGAUUUUAUUCAACAGAUUGCACUAACAACUUUGUAAGAGACCGACCGGCAAAUGCUAUUUGUUUCUUAACUGUCAGAUGUAUUUUAUAUUAAUGUUAAGGACAUGUUUCUCAAUUUAGUAAUUAGUGUCUACGUCUCGUCGCCUAGUCAGCCCCGAGUCUAUGCUUGGUGGACCUAUUGUCUAUUGUUUGUCAUAUUUAAGAAGCAUGAUUGUAAAUCAAGAUGUAUAAAUAUUAAAUAAAAAUUAAA